AUGCAGCCUGCCGUCCUGUUUGUGCUGGUCUUCGUGUCAUGCACCGGCACUUCGAAAGGUUACAACUUUCACCUGAAUCUUUCGGACGAAACGGCAACAGAGGUCUCCGUGGCCCGCAACCUUCCCUUGGCCAUUUUGCCCGUCGCUAUAGCCAUCGCCGGACCUGUGAUAGCCGUACUCUUCGGCAGUCUCAAGCUCGUUCUGCUGUCCUUUGCCUUGAUCUACCUGUUCCUGUUCGGCCUCACCUUCAUACCUACUCUCGGAGUCCACGUGCAGUCCGUGUUCCGAGCCCUGGGCGACACCCUCACGGCCGCCGUGCCUCCGACCAUAGGCGAAGACUUGCUGAGGAGCGCAGGACUCGAUGCUGAAGAGUGCCGGACCAGAGCUGUCUGUGAGGUCACCGAGGACGCUGUGCGGCGGUACCCCACCGUGGCCGCCAUGCUGAGGUCGCUCAGCGGUGCUGUUCAGGCUCAAGAGGGAAGCAAGUUUGUGCUCAAGGGAAUUCUGGGCGGACUGUCUGGUCUAGGAUGCGAGUCACUGUAUGAUGCCUGUAAGAAGUCGCCGCUCGAGAAGGUGCUCAAGGCGCUCUCUUAG